AUGGAAGGGCUUGCUUCAGCUCUGAAAACCAGUGAGAUUCGUUUUCUGUGGGUGGGUCGUUCAGAUGCAGGGUGGCUGAAAGAGAAAUGUGGAGAUAAUGGUCUGGUGGUGCCAUGGUGUGACCAGUUAAAGGUGUUGUGCCAUGCUUCCAUUGCGGGAUUUUGGAGCCAUUGUGGGUGGAAUUCCAUUCUGGAAGCAUGCUUCGCAGGUGUGCCAAUACUGGGAUUCCCUGUGUUUUUGGAUCAGUUCUCGAACUGCAGGCAUAUUGCAGAAGUGUGGAAGAAUGGGAGGAAGGUUGGUGGUGAUAGAUCAGAGGAUUUGGUAACUGAAGAAGAAAUAUUGAAAGUGGUUAAGAUGGUGGGGGAUGUGGAGAACGAGGAAUGGAAGAAGAUUAGAGAGAAAGCAAAAGAGCUGAAGGCGUUUUUCCGCGGAGCGAUUGCCAAAGGAGGUUCGUCUGACAUGAAUGUGAACGCCUUUGUAGAAGACAUACUAGGCGUCGAGGGAUAA